GUAAAGAUGCAAACUUGGCCUUUAAUGCUGAUAAGAGAGAAAUUAAUGAAGUUAUAAAGAAAAUAGGUUCCAUAAAUGUUCUUGGAAUAGUUUUGUGCAAUGCUGGAUAAGCAUAACUUAUCUCCUGCGUGUAAUUGUACGUUAAAUGAGGCUAGCCUUGCAGCGACCUGUCUAGUUUCAUCUAUUGACCUAACAUUCAUUGGUACCAGAUCCUUUGUCUUCAAACGGGUGGCAUCAGAGCGUAUUUUAGCAUCCCUAUCUGAAACGACGCGGAGAUGAUGGAACGCAAGCGAAGAGUUGUUGUAUGUUGUUGUAUGAGACCUAGGAUCCUAAUGAUAAUUUUCCUAUACAAAAAAUGAACAGUAGCUCAAUAUCUGAGAGCCAUGGAAAAAGAUCGAACAUUAAAAGGACAUGAAGGAUUGCUUUUGCAAGAACGGGAUGUUCAUAAAGAUAAACAAAUUGAUGGAGAGCUCUCUCCGAGCAAUAAAAAACAGGUUGAGAAUACUCAAGAAGAUGGAAAGGGUAAAAGUAGAUGGUGUUGGGCGAUUCCUAAAAGAUAUAUCUUGUGUUUCUUGGUAUUUUGGGGAUUUUUGUUGAUGAACUGUGAGAGGUCAUGCUUAAGCGUGGCUAUAGUUGCGAUGUCAUCGAAGAGGAGAGUGAAGGAGGAUGGCAAAUGGGUGACAAAGGCCCCCGAAUUUCACUGGGACUCGAAGAUGAAAGGCAUCAUUUUGAGUGCUUUUUUCUACGGCUAUUUGGUUUUGCAAAUUCCUGGUGGAUGGCUGGCAUUAAGAAUAGGCGCCAAAAGAGUAUUGGGCUACGCGAUACUAGUUGCUUCAGCCAUCCAUACUUGCCUUCCAAUGCUGGUUAGAUACAACUGCACUCUUUUUGUUGUUGCAAGAGUUUUGCAAGGACUAGCACUGGGUGUUGCACUGCCUACAAAUCACGUGAUUUGGAGCUACUGGUCUCCAGCCCACGAAAAAAGCUGCCUUAUUUCCUUUACUGUGGCAGGUUUAUCUGGCGGCAUGCUUGUUGCAAUGCCUAUCUCUGGCUUUCUUUCAGUCUAUGGUUUUUCAGGAGGUUGGCCAUCUGUGUUUUACUUUUUUGGUAUCAUUGGGAUGUCUUGGUUCUUUCUAUGGAACUUUUUCGUUUAUGAGACACCUGAGACUCACCCGACUAUUACAGCCGAAGAAAAGCAUAUCAUACUAGCGACUAGGCCAGAAAAAAGCAGCGAAGGGAAUAGAACAGAUUCAGUUCCCUGGUUGGCUAUGGUAAAAAGCCGACCGGUCUGGGCGAUUGUCGUAGCACAUUUUGCAUUUGACUGCAGUUAUUACACUCUCUUGGUCUGCAUGCCACUUUUUCUGCGUGACGUUCACAAAUUCAACAUCGCUACGACUGGCGUGCUUGCUGCUCUUCCUUGGCUAUUUAUGUCGAUAAUGACUUUAAUUGGUGGAUUUCUGGCAGAUUUUCUUCGACGUUACAUGAAAACAGUUUACGUCAGAAAAUUAUUGUACGUCUCAGGAAUGGUAGGCUCGUCAUCGUUCAUAAUUCUGGCUGGAUUCCCAGAGCGAUCCGAAAUAGCAGUUGCAUUCAUGUGCAUUGCAGUUGCCUUUUUUGGAUUUUCCUUUACUGGGUUCAUGGUCAAUCCAUUGGAUAUUGCACCAAAGUACGCUGGUAUAAUCAUUGGCUUUUCUAAUUGCAUUUCGACGUCUCCUGGAUUCAUCGGACCGUCCCUUGUUGGGAUUUUGACAAGAGAUGAAAAACCAAGUCAGUGGCAAUUGGUUUUUCUGGGAAUGGGAGCAAUCAGCAUCUUUGGUAUAAUCGUUUUCACUUGUUUGCAUCAGGAGAAAUUCAGCCAUGGGCAAGUUAUUAUGUCGAACUAGGAGACGAAGAGACUGAGAAUGAGAAUGUGUUGACAAAGUCAAAGUCGCUUGAGAACUCUUUGGAAGAUCACAGGUGACCGGAAAUGAAGUCAUCGAUGUAAAGUUAGCAGAUUCCCGAGCUUCGUCAUAGCGUAGCAUCUAUUCUUAGAGCUAUGAAAUUGGUUCUAUGGAAGCUCCUUCUUGCAAACCGCAAAGCAAGGGAUGAGAUUUCUUCACAUUAACAGGUUCAAGAAUGGGGCCGAAAAAUUUGAACAUUUGAAGAUUUAGUUAAGCACAUUUUGCGCAAAGGCAAGCUGAUUUUUGCAAUGUUCCCUUAUGUCAUGGUUACAAAAUAGGAAUUUACCUAUAUAUCGUCAAAAGACUGGACAAAUGUUUCCUGUUGUUUAAAAUUUAAAGAAAGACAAAAUUUUAAACAAAUAAUAAGAUUUAAAAAUUUAUGAAAACAAUUUAUGGUAAAUUGUAUACUAGUAUUUUUCUAUUGACCGUGAGUUUGUUUCAGUUGAAAUACUAAAGUAAGAAGUCCACUGUAAAUAAAUAAAAGUAUAUAUUUUGUCCCUAAUAGUUUUGUAAGUUAAUAUUUCUACACAAAUAAGUAAUUGUUUUUAAUUAUAAAGAAUCACAUUCAAUUUUCUAUAUCCUCCUCUACUUUCAAAGACUUAAAUUGGGACACGACAGAAUGGUCUUGUGUACGUUUUGAAAGAAACUGUACAAUAAACAAACUUUAAAUUAUGAUAAACGAGAUCAUAUAUUAGUAAAACUAAAGCAAUAGAACCUGGUAGAGGUACGUGUUAACAACUAUUGUUCGGGGUUACAUUAACUUUGAAAUUUAGAGUGAAAACUAUAUUAUCUUUUAGAAUGAAAGUAAUAAGAAUUCAUCUCGACCAAC